GUUCAGCUGAUGGACCUGACUGAUGGAGACAAGACAAAGGGUUUCCAAGUGCCGGUAUGGGAUGAGUACCGUAAGAUUUGUGACAAACAUGAAUCUGCACCGGUCAGCUUUGAGAAGGUGGAGCGCUUCGAGUUCUAUGAGAGAGCCAAGAAAGUUUAUGCCAUCAUCCACACAGGAGAAACUGCAGCUUAUGCCAACAUUCUCCUGAAACGAGGAGUCUGCUAAUCACCACAUGUACUUACCUGGAAAAUGUAGUUAGCCUCUCCCAAAACAUCACCAUAGCUCUCCUUCUGAGUCUUAAAAGUUGUACUUUGAAUUAUAGCUUUUGUUAAAUAAAGUAGGUAUUGCACAAGAUAUUAACUUCAGUAUUUUGAAAAAGCUUGUGACAAAUUAACCAAAAAAAAAAGCAGGAUAGUUUGUCACUUUUUCAUUUUUUGCAGUGUAUUCUUUGAAUAAUAGAAUUUAUUGUACAUAUCUGUUCUGGAAGCUAUGCCGAAUAACAAAAAUGAUUUUGGCACUACACUAUUAUGAUAAAUAAACAAGCAACUAAAA